AUGCUGUCCCGUAUGGUGAUAUCGUCGGCUCGAGCUGGAGCUAGUUCUCAACUACUCAAUGCUCAACGUUUUGCAGUUACUGCCGCGGUACCCACACAGGCAGUCGCCCACAAACUGAAGGUAACAAUAAUCCCUGGUGAUGGUGUUGGACCAGAACUCAUUUACACUGUGCAGGAUAUCGUUAAAAAUACGGGAAUCCCUCUGGAUUUUGAAGAAGUCUUUCUCUCCGAAGUGCAUUACACUCGAUCGUCAUCUAUAGAGAAUGCAGUUAAAUCUAUUGCUCGGAAUAACAAUGUUGCUCUCAAAGGUGCGAUCCAAGAAUCUGCUGUUCUCCAUACGGAAGGCGAGCUUAGUGGACUUAAUAUGCGACUACGUAGAGCUCUUGAUCUGUUUGCUAAUGUGGUUCAUAUAAAGGUAAUUUUUUAUGGGAGUAAUAUUGCCAUUUUCAGGAAACUAAACUUGGAAUUCUAA